AUGGUAGCACUGGUCCAUGAAUGGUGCCUCGUGCAUAAGGUCUGCACAGAGCUCUGUGCUGCGCCUCUGCUGCUGUGGCUUACUACUGUCACUGUGACAUCAUCUACAACUCCUCAGUGUAAGGACUGUCAAAGAAAUUGUUUCAGGGGUACUUGCAAAUUCAACUCGACACUUGGAGAAUGCCAUUGCAACUGUUUUGAUUUUCUCCUUGGAGAUACGUGCUCUUUUGGAAAGAAUGACACCCCUGCUCAUGUUGAUAACGCAACAAUACCAACUCACAAAGCAAACAUUACUUUGAAAAUCAAUGAGACUUUUAAGGUGGCCUUUAAAAAUCUAACAUCAAAUCUAUCGUUAGACUUCAUCGAGAAACUAGAACGGGAGCUCGAAGCCCUGUGCAGAGAAGCAGAUCCACAAACAUUCAAAAAAGUUAAAGUCAUCAACUUAUCACCAGGAAGUGUUGUUGCAGAAAGCCAGGCGGAGUACAUUUAUCCAAACAAUGAAACUCAAAUCCAGUUUGUGAACAAUAAGCUUGAUGGGGUGUUGACUGAUAUCUUGAAUAAUACAAGUAACCUCAAGAAGAUUUCUCAGGCCUUUAAUAAUUCAAAGGUGCUGUUAAAUGGACUCACUUUCCAGAAACCUGAGAUUAAAAAUAUCACAGAUCUGAAGCCUUUUAUAAAUUGCUCUCAGUUCGCUAAUUACACUGCUGAAAUAAUUAACGAGCAAUGGCAGUGUGUUGGACCCUGCAAAACAAACCCCGAUUACUGUCAUCAACAUGGAGAAUGUCACAAUGACAUCGAGAAAGGGCCAACCUGUCGGUGUUUCAACUCAAGCCUUGGGCAGUUUUUUGGCCCACAGUCUCCAAUUGACUACCCAGGAAACAUCUACGACAAUGAUGUCCUCAUCGACAAUGCAACAUGCUACAUCUCUUACAACAAUAACACCCGCAGCAACAACUAA